UUGUGUGGUGUACCUCUCCUGGCCGCCCCUUCCUCGAAAUUCUCUGGGCCUUCUUUCCGCACCUGCCUGCACCUUCUUGGCUUCACCUGCAACCUCAACCGCGACUGCAUCGCACCUGCAUCCUGCAUCUGCACUGGCAUCAAUCACCUGCUUGGUCCUCCUUCCUGUUUCCCGCCUGCCGUCAUCAUCGUCUUCCGCGGCUCUGACCCCCACACCCCCCUAAGGCCCUUCUUUCCUUCUUCCCCUUCCAUUUUACUUGACUUUGUUAUCGUCACCAGACAUCGCUUGUUAUCGGCGCAAUUCACCCGAGUAAUUUUCUUCUUCCUCUCAUUCUCUUCUUCUUCGUGUCGUCGUGUUGUCGUGCCGUCGCUUCUCCCGCUUCGCCGCCUCCUUUCCGUCUCCUUCGACUUUCAAGGGCCUGUCUCAACUUUUCUUUCCUCCACGACUACUGAGUACAUACUGCCUACCUAGCAGUAUCUAUCUACCUUAGUCGCUCUGCUGCUCGACCACGUUCGACCACACGAUCCGAACUCAGACCGCACAGUCUCUUAAAAGGCAACCAAUCACAGCACCGUCCAAACAUCCGACCGCCGUCGUCUUUUCUUCUGCCUCGUGGCAGCGUCUCCCCCAAAUUCUGACGCACGAGUCAAUCCCCCUUCGUCUCCGAGACACUUCAAACUUGGCGGCGCCACGCUUGACCAAUCCGCCCUAAUCCUCCAGGUUACCACAGCAGAAAAAAGAAGAAGAAGCAAGACGCUUGCUCGGCUUUGGAACACUGGAAGAAGCCUGCCAUCGAUUUGUCUCUUUUGUUGUUUUUUCUUUCUUGCCCUCCCGUCCUCGGCUUAAGCCAAUGACGACGCCCCGGUCUGGGUCCAAACGCUCGCUUCAGUUUUAGCAUCUUCAUCUGCGACAGCAGGCAUACGCCCCCCAGAAAAGUCCUUCUUGCAAUCCGCCGCCAUCCACCAACCCACCGACCGCUUUUGUCCAGUCCAAUACGGAUACAUUUGCCUUGGUCCAUUGGACAUACGCCGGAGACUGGAGACCGGAAACUGGAGACUGGAGACUGCCACAAUACUACACUACACCGCAUCGGCCGGAUCCCGCUCCCUUCUUUCUCCUCACUUUGCUGACGAGACGACCUUCGCCUGCAUCUGCACCCAAGGUUGUCUGAGCCGUUUCCGACUUUCUGCGUCUCUUGUUUCGCAACCUCCGACCGACCAACUCGAACGACGCUCGUUGACUCAGCGGUUGGCCAUCCCCGACCACUUCCACCUUCGCCCCUUACAUCCAACCCCCAGUUUGCAUGCGCAUGCGCAUGAACCGUCGUCAGGGUAUCACCUCGUUCCGUACGCCCAGUGACGCUGGAAACCUGCCGUUCCUUGCACGACGCAGCCUGAUUGUCACUUCCCCCCCCCUUCUCCUGCGCCGCAUUUCGCACCGACCGUUCUUCAGCCCGCCGUAUCCCGGCUUCCAGCAGCGAUCACCAUUGAUUCGGCCCCGCCUGGCCAGUACCCGUUGCUGAGACCGUUCAAAGAGGGUUGCUGCCAGACGCAAGGUUCAUGCAUGUGCCGCAAUGGUAUCAUCAGGAACGACUUUGAAUGCCCUACCGCAAUCCGCCUGCACCACCACUUGACCACGCUAUCGUAGCACCCGUCACAGAUCCAUCCAAUCUUGCUGGCAGAGAUCCGCAACGAAAAGAAAAAACAACAUCCUCAAAACUCAACGCGUCCUGCGCUGGUUCAACUGCUUGACUAGUGUUUGCCGCUGCCAUACAACGGCCGGAGGGCAUCAACCAACAUGACCCUCAUGGCCGUGGCAGCGGACUCUGCCCAACCCGACGCCCAGAUCACCCCGGGAGCCAUGGCAGACCAGGACCCUAAUAUGCGCCGUCGGAGCAGCAUGAAGCAUCGCCAAUUCGGUAUUUAUGCUUCGAGGCGGACCCAUCCGAAACCCAUCUCAACUUCUGACGUUCCAGAGCGUCCCGAAUCCGGCUUCCCAGCAGCCCACCCACAACCCUUGCCCACCUCUCCUCCGCGCUGGGACUCGCUCGCCAACAGUUCCAGCAAUUUUGUAAUGCAACAAAACUCCAUCGACUCCCAGGUGCAGCCGCUCUCUCCAAGACGUCCUGCCUAUGAUUCCGACCGUCCCUACCCCUCCUCCCCUACCUUCCGCUCGCUGGCCCCGAGUCCAAGCCAUGAUCCCGAAGACGACCUGAGUGCCGACGAAUGGACCAGCAGAGCCGUCGCCCGCUCGAUUAGAUCCCCGAUACCCUACGACGACGACGACGAACGUUCCUCGAUAGACACUAUGCAGGUCGACAACUUCUCCCGCCCGAGACGGCCCAGCAUCAAGCAACCCCUGCAAGAGUCCUACCGCUCACGAGCCAACCAGUCGCCUUCAGAGCCACGUUCUGAUCCCAAUUCGCAUCAAUACGCAUGGCCGCGGCCACGGGGUCAGUCGGGAUCCUCUGCAAGGUCGGCCUCGACGUUUGCCUCGAUGCCGGCUGCCGGCGGCGACCAGUACGAACCCCGCGCUUCGUCUCGUUUACGAAGUGCUCCGCCUCCGUCAGGUCUUGCUCGUCCUCCACUGGCAUACUCUGGCCGCGUCGAUAGCUCGAGCUCUGGUCUGUCGGCUCACACGCGUGAGGCGCCCUGGAUGAGCGGAGAAGACGAGAUGAGAUCCAGUUAUCGGUCUCAAAUGACUGCGUCGAGUGCACAGGGAACGUACGUGACGGAAAGAAGCAGUGUUCUCACCAAGAAUAGCUCGAUCCCAUCGCUGUACGCUAACGGGGAGGAGCUUAGUGUCGAAGACGUGAUGGGUAUGUACGAGAAGGGCUUUCGAGACGACUCAAGCCCCGAAGACAACGACGACGUUCGUCCGGUCCCGGCCGCCGAGAUCAACAAGCGCAACACGAGAAUGCUGGAAGCGCUGAGCGAACCACGACCGGCACAAGCCAAUUCCUUGGCCAUCCCUGCCCCUGACACGAUUGUCCGUGAGUCCACGGCCAUGUUCAGGAUCUCUGGAUACCCAGCCUCUCUGCCAAAAGAGGUUGGCCUGCUCGACUACGAUCAGAAGGAGGAUGACAAAGAAGAGAAGGACAAGCGGGACUCUGCAAAGUCCCUUCAAAACGAAACGCCAGCCACAUCACCACAGAUGGGCAGUACUUCGGCCUCGUCUGUACAGACGGCUGUGGAGCCCGAGCCCGUCGAAAUAGAAGAGCCAGGAUCGCGAGAUCGGUACGGCUUCAAGAAGGCCAACCAGUACAUCACCAAACAGCAGUACGACACCUGGAACAAGGGUUACUCCGAAUACCUCGAUCGGCGCCGGAAGAAGUGGGUAGCGUUCCUGCGAGAAAACGAGCUCAUGACGAGCAGCCCUGAGCGUUUUCCUCCCCACAGUGCCAAGGCCAAACGAUUUGUCCGGAAAGGGAUUCCUCCCGAGUGGAGAGGGGCGGCCUGGUUCUACUACGCGGGGGGGCCUGCCAUUCUCGCAAAGCACGCGGGCCUCUAUGAUACAUUGCUGAAGAAGAAGGCCAAAGAUGUUGAUGUCGAAGCCAUUGAGCGAGACCUCCACCGCACGUUUCCCGAUAACGUCAAGUUCAAACCGGCAAGCAUGGCCUCGAAACCUAACACGGAACCCGUACGAGACGGGCAGUCAGCAGGGGACGAGAACGGCGACAUGAACGAACCUGAAAUCAUCUCGUCCCUCAGACGAGUGCUGCACGCCUUUGCCAUUUACAACCCGCGCAUCGGUUACUGCCAGAGCCUCAACUUCUUGGCGGGCUUACUGCUCUUGUUUAUGGACUCGGAAGAGAAAGCGUUUUGGCUUCUGAACGUUAUCACCCGUGUGUACUUGCCUGGCACGCACGAAAUGAGCUUAGAAGGGUCCAAGGUGGACCUUGGUGUCCUGAUGAACGCCAUCAGGGAGUCUAUGCCCGCCGUCUGGGCCAAGAUCGGCGAUGACAUGGAAGGUGACCCGAAUGCGGCGCGGCCAGCGAAACCUGUGAAGAAGCCGAGGUCGAGGAGAAAAAACCAACCGAGUAUUUCCUCCAACCGACUCCCACCCAUCACGCUCUGUAUGACAGCCUGGUUUAUGAGCUGCUUCAUUGGUACUCUACCCAUCGAGAGUACCCUUCGUGUUUGGGAUGUAAUAUUCUAUGAAGGAUCCAAGACAUUGUUCCGGAUCGCCUUGGCCAUAUUCAAGUUGGGCGAGAACGAGGUUCGGUCUAUCACGGAUCCCAUGGAGAUGUUUUCCGUCAUCCAGGCUAUGCCUCGCCGGCUGUUGGACGCGAACGCCCUCAUGGAAGCCUGCUUCAAGCGUCGCAACGGAUUCGGCCAUCUCAGUCAAGUCACGAUCGACCACCAGCGGGAAGAGAGGCGUGUCAAGGUCCAGACGGAACACCAGAGAGCCGCGACGUACGCCGCUGGCACGGUGGACAGCGGCAAUGCUACUGAGGCUGAAGGUGAGGUUCGUAGGAAAGGCACCCUCUUUGGACGUAGGAUGUUGGGCAGAUCGGCAGAGGUGAUGUGAUUGAACAAUCACACAAGGAGGAUCACACAGUUGCACGCAUGCAUUGAGCCACGGCGUUUGGGGGGAAAUUGCAUUUAAUGGUAAUGACUACAUGGCACGCGGGACACUUUGCAUUGACAAGCGAAAAACGGACAUUAUUCUUCAAGAGGGGUGUGGUCAUAUAUCCCCCUCUCCCCUCCAACAUAUUGUGUUUUCUUUUAGUCGGCUCCCGAGAUUUGUGCGGAAGAGAUUGCCUGUCUGAGUAAGACCAGUAGCGGUUGUCUAGACAAGUUGUAGAUAGGGAUGCCGAGAAGCAUCUAACAAGGCUCGAGAUUUUCUUUGUGCUGAUCAAGAAGUACAAAUCGUGGACUCGGUGACUGAAAUAACAUGCUGCAGUCGGGGAAGCGAGACGAUGGGAAAACGGAUAUUUGGUCACCUGCACGAAGAAGCCUGCCGCUUGACCGGCCGCUCGCUGGAUUGGGUUCUAUAGCAUUCUAGUCUGGAACCCGUCUUAACAAAUCCCCAACCCGAGGCAAAAACCAGAACGUGCCCGAAGCCCUGUCGUUGCGGAAAGCUCUCGAGUGAUGACAUCGAAUCCGGGGUGGCACUGCCGCCGCUUGCGUCCGCUCUGCAUUUCGAUAAUGAGGCCUGGAAACUUCCAAGGCCACGGAGUCUAGAAACACCGAGAUCCAUAUUCCGCCAUUUGUUCCCGCCCAAACGCCGAUAAUGCUCUCGCCCUGAUGGUUCAACGAUGAAAACGCCGUCAUUCUUGGUCGAAACCCCGUGUAUUCUUAUACUUGCCCCAACUCUCUCGGCCCAUGUCCGAGAGGCUGAUUUUGCGGGCGGUGUUGUUGCCUCGUCCAUGGUCUCGUGUCCUUCUCCCGUCUCCACAUCC